CAACUUGAUUGGCACACGUGCUACAAAAUAAUUGAGGGGAUUUGCAAUGGUUUGCACUACCUUCACGAGCAAAUUGACAAGUCUGUUCUUCACUUGGACCUUAAGCCUGCGAACGUAUUGCUUGACAACAAUUUGGCACCAAAACUUACAGAUUUUGGGCUGUCAAGACUGCUUGAUCAAUAUCAAACUAUGUUCACUCCAAAUCGUUUUGGUACAUUAGGCUACAUGGCACCAGAAUACAUCGAUGAAGGUACAAUCACACCUAAGACAGACAUAUUUAGUUUGGGUGUGAUUAUCAUGGAGCUAAUAACGGGACACAGGGACUACCCAAGUGUUGCGGGAACAUCUUCCGAGGGCUUUAUUGAGCAUAUAUGGGAAUUCUGUUUCAGCUUUCUCAGUUUGAUUCCAUUUUAGGAGACUAUGUUUCAUUUUAUCUUUGCAUUACCGACAUUCUGAUUCUUGUUCUGAUUUCACAGGUACUUAAAAAAUGGAGAAACACAUUGGAGAAAGCACAGGGGUACACAAAGCUAGAAAUAGAUUGCCAACAAAUUAAACGAUGCAUUCAAAUAGGUCUAAUCUGUGUUAAUCCUGAGUGGUCCAAAAGGCCUACAACAGCAAAAAUUAUCAAGAUGCUUAAAGGACUAGAAAGUUCAGAUUGUAGGAUUAGCAAUGAGGCAACGUCAUCAGCACAUCAGACUUCAAAUGGGGUUAGUGAACGAGGAAAACAACCUCCAAAAAAUACACUAUGUAUUGAGAUUUUGGAGCAAGCUGAAAGACAGGAUCUAGCAUUGGUCUCUCUUGCAAUUGCGGGUGACUGUCUAUGUGGAAAGUUGAAGUUGUUGUACCUAAAAAACGGAGAACACAUUUCUCCACAGGCAUCCAUCGUUCGCAUCGUUGUCCCAGGCUCGCCUGCUGGUACCAAACUUCAUGUGGACCCCUACAUGCUCUCCGUGCGGAGUCCCUACCUUCGUGCGAUCUUCACCCGCCACAAUAAUCAAUAUGGUGCAUCUGAGGGCAGUGCGGAGGGCAACAGGAUGGACCUCCAAGAAUUUCUAGGCAAGGAAGUGAAGGUCGAGUACGAUGCGCUGUUACUGGUACUCUUGUACCUGUACAGUGGCCGUGUCGGAGACCUUCCCGAGUCGGCGUACAUAUGUGCCGACGAGAACGGUUGUGCGCACCUCGGCUGCCACCCCACCGUCUCCUUCAAGGUGCAGGUUCUCUUUGUUGCCUUCACAUUCCAGGUCCCCGAGCUCACCAGCCUCUUCCAGCGGGAUCUCCUUGAUGUCCUUCAUAAGGUUGAAGUGGAUAACCUUCCACUGAUCUUGUCUGUUGCAAACUUAUGCAAAAAAUCUUGCGGGAAACUGCUCGAGAGAUGCCUUGAGAUGGUAGUCCAGUCAAAUCUUGACAUGAUUACUCUUGAGAAAGUAUUGCCUCCAGAUGUUGUUAAGCAAAUUACUGACUUACGGCUAAGUUUUGGAUUAGCUUCAUCCGAGGACAUGGGCUUUCCUAACAAACAUGUAAGAAGGAUACUCAGAGCCCUUGAUUCCGAUGAUGUGGAGCUAGUAAGGAUUCUGAUCAAGGAAGGGCAGACCAAUCUUGAUGAUGCAUUUGCGCUCCAUUAUGCUGUAGAACACUGUGACUCAAAAAUUACAACAGAACUUCUGGACAUUGCACUUGCAGAUGUUAGUCUCAGAAACCCAAGAGGUUACACUGUUCUUCACAUUGCCGCCAGACGGAAGGAUCCUAAAAUCAUUGUCUCCCUUUUAACCAAAGGCGCUCGGCCUUCCGAUUUUACAUUUGAUGGAAGAAAAGCAGUUCAUAUCUCAAAGAGACUCACAAAACAUGGGGAUUAUUUUGCGAAUACUGGAGAAGGAAAGCCGUAUCCUAAUGAUAAAUUAUGCAUUGAGAUACUGGAGCAAGCUGAAAGAAGGGAUUCACACUUUGGAAAAGCAUAUGUUUCUCUUGCAUUGGAUGGUGACGUUCUUCGUGGAAGGUUAUUGUACCUUGAAAACCGAGUUGCGUUGUCGAGGAUAUUGUUUCCAGUGGAGGCAAGAGUAGCAACGGACAUUGCUCAAGUUGAUGGUACUUCGGAAUUUGCCCUUGGUCAUCUAGUUGCCAUUGAUCUAAAUGGAACUCCUACCAAAAUGAAGGAUGAACACUUAGCUCGGAUGAGAGCUCUCUCCAAAACAGUCGAACUCGGCAAACGUUACUUCCCGCGCUGUUCAAAUGUGCUGGACAAGAUCAUGGAUGAUGAACCUGAGCUGGCUUCGCUCGGAAGAGAUGCAUCCUCCGAGAGGAAGAGGAGGUUUCACGACCUGCAAGAUACGCUUCUGAAGGCGUUCAGCGAGGACAAGGAGGAGUUUAACAGAACGACAACCCUUUCAUCUUCCUCAUCGUCGACGCCCACUGUAGCAAGGAACUUGACAGGUCGGCCCAGGAGAUGAUGAGCACCCUGGCCCAUUCUUGCCAUAUUGUUAGCUGAUUCUUUUUCUGUCUGAAACUGCCCGCCGGAUUUAUUUUUUUCUGUUUAACGAGUACUAGUAGUCUA